ACUUGGCGCUCUAUCCACCCCGCAAAACUCAAAAAUACCAACGUUUUCAUUUUUCCAUCUUUCAUUUCCCGGCAUUUCCCCUCUAUUCUCCAUUUCAUCUUUUACUAUUAUUAAUCCUAUUCCUCCAAAAUCAAAACCCACCUUCACCUCAAUCCUUUUCAACACUUCUCUAAUUUCUCCUCUAAUCUCUCUUUCUCUCUUCUCUUUUUCUCUGCUACCAACAAUGGAUGCAAACUUCCAUUCUUUACCUCCACUAAAACGUUUCCGGCUGUUACAACAACAACAAAAGCAACAGCCGAAACCCGAACCUAAACACGAACCGAAACCUGUUUGCAUACCUUUACAGUUAUCCCCAUCUAAUCUCCCAGCCAAAAAAAGAAAACAGUCUCGAGAUACAUUUUUUCAAUCCAAUCUAGAAGAGAAAGAAAAUCUUCCUCCAAUCACCCCUCCAACUCCCUACUGUUUACCCGCUAAGAAAAGAAUAUGGGCUAUUAAACCUCCCGAAUUCAGCCCCAUUAAGUCUCCACCUCCUUUCAUUGAUCUUAAUCUCGAGUACGACCCGUCUCGAGAAUCUCAAGAGGGGACUAAAAAUGGGGAGGAAACAGAAACACCCACCCGUGUUGAGAUCGAAGAUGAAAAGGAGGAGGAGGAAGAAGAUGUUGAUGAUGGGAUUUUAUGUGCUGUAUGUGAGAGUACAGAUGGUGAUCCAUCAGAUCCAAUUGUAUUCUGUGAUGGGUGUGAACUUAUGGUUCAUUCCAAUUGUUAUGGGAAUCCUCUUAUUAAGGGAGUUCCUGAGGGGGAGUGGUUGUGUGCGCAAUGUUUGAACUCGCAACCUUUGGCUCAUAAAUGUUGUCUUUGUCCUGUGGUUGGUGGUGCUAUGAAGCCUACUGCUGAUGGCCGGUGGGCCCACAUUGUGUGUGCUGUUUUAGUGCCGGAGGUUUUCUUUGAGGACCCAGAAGGCCGAGACGGGAUCGAUUGCUCCAGGAUUCCCAAGAGGAGGUGGAGGGAGAAAUGUUAUAUUUGUAAAGAAAGAAGAGGGUGUGCUAUUGAGUGUUCUGAGCCUAAAUGUUCGUUGGCAUUUCAUGCAACGUGUGGAUUGAAGGAAGAUCUUUCGAUUGAACUUAAAGAAGGAAAGAAUAAUGGUGGGAUUGUUGCUGGAUUCUGCAAAAAGCACACUGAAUUGUGGAAGAAGCAAAAACAAACAGGAAAGUUCAAGAUUGUCGCCAGAGAUGAUGAGCAGAGGACCUGAUUAACUGGAAUGGGUAAUAAGAUGUUGGGAAAUCUGGGAUUAGCAAAUAGUUAUCUUAUUUUUGUUUUGGGAUUAUAAACCUAGGGAUUUCGCAUUUUUAGAUAGAUACUCACUCAACUUGAAGAGAAUGUGGGGAUCCAAAUACAAGCUUUUGUUUUUUGUUUGUUCAUAUUUAGUAGUGACUGCAGUCUGUUAGUGAUCGAUUGCGAGUGCAAUAUGUUCAUUUCUUGUUUACAUGAAUUACAUCGGUAGGAUUGUUGGUUUUCAGUCCUUGAAAAAUUUAAGCAACAUGAUUGCUUGUGAACAAUUGUAAGAUUGCUUCAGCUUGACCACUUA